AAAUUAGACAAAAAGCACUGGAAGAAGAAGAAAAAUCGAAACAAUUGACAGCGCCAGCGAGCAGAAAAAUCGCGUCAAAAAUUUAAUUAUUCCUUACAUUUACCUAAAAUUCCGGCACCAAAAGCAUUUCCAGACAAACGAAAAACGAAUUGGCAAACACACUAACUGAAAAUUGUGUAAAAACAGCUUAAAACUGGAUCAACAGAAAAAGCAAAAAAAAGUUGAAGAAGCAAGUCUUAAAAGCAGAAACGAAAAAAUUGCGAAGGCGACGAGUAGGAAAAAGUUUCGUUUUCCCUUUUGCGUUGCUCUUGCUGUUGCGUUUUCCGCCAGCGGAAAAGAAAUUAUCAUUCGCAAGAGUUUGGGAAAUAAACCAUUGCAAACCAUACUAAGUUAGCCUACAACGUGCGUAAGUGUAAAACACUUAUUAACGGUAUUGAAUUUGCGCUAGUGCUAUUGGAACGCGAAUCUGAAAAAGGGGGAGCGACGGUAUUCUCUCGUUUCAACUACUGCUGCCAAUCAAUCUGUCAAAGCCUCUAUCCCUAUUGAAGCAUCGUACGUUAGGUGAAACAUUUACUCAUACAUUUAUAAGCUGUUAAUCCACAUGCUGAGGACGAUUAGCAAACUGUAGCAUUUGCAGAACUUUCGUUGUAUGUUUGGUGUGGUAUUAAGACUAGCUGAUCUUUAUAUUCAUCAUAUUCACCAGCGAUCAAUUUCAUUCCAAAAAAGCAUCAAGUGCAGCAUCAAAACUUGUUAAAACUGGCUAACUACAAAACAACAUAAACACUCGUGAAAUUGUAAACCAACGUCGCGUCUGAAGAUCAAGGUUUAGCCAGCAAAAUUAGUGUACACUUCGCUCAUAUUACUGUGAAGUUCAUCCAUAACUUAUCAAAAAUUUCGGUUCAUCUGGACUAUGUCUGAGCAUUUGCGUCGGCGAGUACAAAAUCACACAUAGCCAUGGCUGCGACGAGAAAGUUGCAAGGUGAAAUAGACAGAUGUCUGAAAAAGGUUGCGGAAGGAGUGGAAACAUUCGAGGAUAUAUGGAAAAAAGUGCAUAAUGCUACAAACAGUAAUCAGAAGGAAAAAUAUGAAGCAGAUCUUAAAAAGGAAAUCAAAAAGCUACAAAGGCUUCGGGAUCAAAUUAAAUCAUGGAUUGCAUCCGGGGAGAUCAAAGAUAAAAGCCAGCUGCUGGAAAAUAGGCGUCUCAUUGAAACACAAAUGGAACGUUUCAAGAUCGUAGAACGUGAAACGAAAACGAAAGCGUACUCGAAAGAAGGUCUUGGCGCUGCACAAAAAAUGGAUCCAGCUCAACGUAUUAAAGAUGAGACUCGUAACUGGCUAACAUCGUCAAUAAGUUCGUUGCAAUUGCAAAUAGAUCAAUACGAAAGUGAGAUUGAAUCGUUAUUGGCGGCUAAAAAGAAACGCCUUGAUCGCGACAAACAGGAUCGAAUGGAUGAGUUUCGUGUUAAGUUGGAUCGUAAUAAAUUCCAUGUUAUGAAGCUGGAAACACUGUUAAGAUUACUCGACAAUGAUGGUGUUGAAGCGGAACAGGUGAAUAAAAUCAAGGAUGAUGUUGAAUAUUACAUUGAAUCCUCACAAGAGCCGAAUUUCGAAGAGAAUGAAUUUCUUUAUGAUGACAUUAUUGGCCUGGACGAUGUUGAAUUAUCUGGCACAGGUGUUUCACUUGGUAUUCCAUCAUCAGCCACUACAGACAGCAACAACAGCAACGAGACGAGCGGUUCGCCGAGCAGCAUAACAUCGGGUGGCAGUCCUGUGCAAUCACCACCACCAGUAGCGGGCUCACAGCAACAAGUACAACAACUGUGUGCGGCGGCAGCGACGACAGCAUCAACUGCGACGUUAACAGCUACAAGUAAUGCGUCGACGGCGCAACAACAACAGCAGCAGCAAAGUAAUAUCAGCAACAAUAUGAAUUAUGCAGCUGAGGCAGCAGCGGCGGCGGCAGCGACAGCGUCGGCGAACAGUAAUAUAGACACGGCAGCCAGCGAUAAAAGGAACAAAAAUGAGAGUAAUUCUAGUAGCAAAGUAAAACAACCUGUUAAACCUACGGCAGUACGCGCAGCCAAUAGCAGCGGAAAAUCUUCUAGCGGUUCGAUAUCAGAAACGUCUUCAAAUAAAGCGAUUAGUUCGACACCCAACAAGAAUCAUCAACAGCAGCAGCAGCAACAACAACCUACGGCUGCAGCAGUGGUUGCAGCAGCCAUGGCUGGUCAAACCACGCCUUCAUCAACAACAACAACGGCAAAUAGCAUAGGUGGUGUUCCGCCCACAUUAGCAGCCACUGUUGCAGCAGCCGCAGCAAUGGCUGCUGGCCACAGUCCUGCGUUGCAACAGCAUGCGCCGGCGCCUAGUUUAAACACAACAAACGUAGCGACAGUAGUAGGGGGUGCGACUACGGUAGCCGCCACUGUUGCGACUAAUAACGGUAGCAGCAACAGUAACAACAUUCAAGGCCAAUCUGUGAUUCAAGCGACGCCAACGAUUGCAUUUGCGGCUGUAGCGAAAAAUAACACAUCACAUCUUGAAAAUGGACCUGUGCACCCGGCGACAUCAUAUGCGAUGGCGGCUCCAACGGUAGCGUCCAUAGUAGGCUCCAAUGUGCAGCACCAGCAACAACAACAGCAGCAGCAACAACAGCAACAGUUAUCCAAUCUUCAAACGAAUUCCUCACAUUUACAAAACGCGCAUAGCAACACUUCCAACAGCAACCCAUCCAAUAGUUUAGCGAACGCGGUUCAACAAGGAAGUGCAGCUGUCGCAGCAGCAGCCGCCGUCGCAGCCGGAGUAGUGGUGAAUAACGUUGGCAGCAAUAAUCUGGCAAAUUGCAUUUCCCCGAAUGGUAUCUCGCAAGUAAUUGGAACACCGCAACAACAGCAACAACAAGUUAUUGGUGUAGCCAAUAAUAGCACACGCGCUUCACCGGGCUUACUUUCGCCGAAGCAUAUGAAUGGCUUGCCUGUGUCUACGGCCAACAUUAACAACAACAACAACGCUGUGGAUGCAAUUUCAUUAAAGACGAUGGCUCAAGAAGCUAUUAACCGAUCGGUAAUCGACACAAAUUCAUUGACGCAAGGACCUGGUCAACAAAUUGACAAUAGACAGCAGCAGCAAGCGCAGCAAUCACAACAGGUCUUGCAGCAUUUUUCAACCGAAACAACUGCCAAUCAGCAACAGCAACAACAACUGGCGGGAGGUUUGGCAGCAGCAGCAGUCGCCUUUGCUGCAGCAGCCGCAGCAACCAAUGGGCCGACAACGGCGGGUGCGGGCCCAGUCGGCAGUGCAGUUCCCAGUGGGCUAGCUGGUUUAACGAACGCAGCUGUGGGGCAGCCUGGAGCUAGUAAUAGUGGUGUUAAUGCACCUGUAGGUAGCAAACCACAUCAGCAACCCACAAAUGAAGCGCAUAUAACGCCUUUAUUGGGCGUUGCACCAUUGGGUACAUUGCCUUUGCAUAAAGAUCACCAAUUGCAAUUCAAAAUGAUGGAAGCCGCUUACUAUCAUCUCCCGACGCCAGCCGAUUCGGAGAGAUUAAAUAUAUACCUGCCGCGAACGCCAGUGCCGACACCACUGCACUAUCCUCAGCAACAGCUUCCACUCUACGAUACCGUUGAAUUUUAUCAACGACUCUCAACCGAAACGCUCUUCUUUGUUUUCUAUUAUAUGGAAGGUUCGAAGGCGCAAUAUUUAGCAGCGAAAGCAUUGAAAAAGCAAAGCUGGCGAUUUCACACAAAGUACAUGAUGUGGUUCCAAAGGCAUGAGGAACCAAAAAUUAUUAAUGAUGAUUACGAACAGGGUACGUACAUCUAUUUUGAUUACGAGAAAUGGAGUCAACGCAAAAAGGAGGGAUUCACUUUUGAAUACAAGUACUUAGAAGACAAGGAGCUGAAUUGAUCUGAUCGCUGUGCGUUGCAGCCAAUGUAAAAAGAACUUUUGUUAUAAAAAACAUUUGAAUAACUUCUAAGCUACAUCAGCCAACAACAGCAACAAUAAAAAACAUCAUUACCACCUCUUACAACAGCUAUAACAACAGCAACAAAAAUAUGAAAACCAACAACAAAUUCUUCAAAGAACCAACUGUAACAAGAACUACUACGUUUGCAAUACCUGCUCAAUUUUUUUUGUAUGUUGUUCCUUUUUUAAUUUGCUAUGUUCACUUUUUUUCUGUUUAUGAGUUCUCAAAAUGCGUUAAAACGAGAAAAGAAAGCGAAAAAAAUCAAAUCUACAACAUACAAUCAUACAUCAUAUAUAAAUAGUGCAUAAAAAUUUAUUGAAAAAUUCCAAAACUGCUAAGAAUUCUAAUUUGAAAAUAUUUGAAACUGCUCUGGAUCCUACAAAAAAACAAAAACAACAAAAUUAGCAUAGCGCUUUAAUCAGUAGUAGUUUAUAUUAAAGCGAGGCUUAAAAAGGAACAUAAAACGCUGGAAGCAUCUGCGGCUGGCAUAUGUCGCCAAGGUUUCUGCCGCUACUGCAGCAGCACAUGCUAAAUGCAAACGUCAAAACCAGACAUAUAAAUCCAAAAGAAACAGGAGUCACAGAAAUGAUUAUGCUAACUCCAUACACAUACCUCUUUACACGAUUAUACAUAGUACAUCAAUUAAAUGAUCCCAUAAAUUAACGUUGCUUGAUUUCCUUCCUUGCCCCUAGCCCCCUUCACACAAAUUAUACAAACUUUAUUUGGGCGCAUUAUAUGUCGCCCAACUACAAUUACCUAAUUUCUCUAGGUCUACUUUUUUAGUUU